AAAAGCAACUUGAUCAAUGUUCCUCCGUGAUUGGCCAACAUACACUGAGACAGGAGGAGCAGAGCCAGAAGAGUGUAGAAGUUCUGCCAAACUAACAUAAACCUGCUGCUUUCCAUAGAGGGACCAGGGGUGGGUUCAUGUGAAGAGCCUGGAGCACAGUGGACAGAGAUUCCUGUAGCUGACCCACAGUGAGCCCAUACAUCGGACACGGGAUUUUCUGUCAUGGGUCAGCUGUUCUCUUCAUCUACGGAAGAAUGCCACAACGAUUUAGCCUCCAGCUUCACUGAAUACUGUAAGAAGUUUAAAACAGGAAACCAAAUCAUUCCUCAGGAAACCAUAGCUUCAGUUGAGUUAAGCCUGAAAGAAGGAAACAUUCAGGGAGCAAACUCUUCAAUCACUGAUGCAGUAAAAACAAUUGACAGUACCCCACUCAAUGUUGCUGUGACAGGGGAGUCUGGAACAGGGAAAUCUACCCUCAUCAAUGACCUGAGAGGGGUGGGGGAUGAAGAGGAAGAUGCAGCUGAAGUUGGGGUGGUGGGAACUACCUUGAACAGACAUCCAUACAAACACCCCAAUAUUCCCAAUGUGGUUUUUUGGGACCUGCCUGGGAUUGGAACCACAAAUUUACCACUAAAAGAUUAUCUGGAGAAAAUGAAAUUCCAUGAGUAUGACUUCUUCAUUAUUGUUUCUGCCACACGCUUUAAGAAAAAUGAUAUAGACCUCGCCAAAGCAAUCAGCAUGAUGAAGAAGGAUUUCUACUUCGUGAGAACCAAGGUGGACUCUGAUUUAAUCAUUGAAAAGAGCUGCAGACCACACACCUUUAACAGAGAAAAUGUCCUGGAGCAGAUCCGCAGCAACUGUGUGAAAAUCUUUCAGGAGAAUAACAUUGAUGAACCACCAAUCUUCUUGACCUCUAACAGAAAUUUGUCUGAUUAUGAUUUCCCAAUCCUGAUGGACAAGGUUAUGAGUAUUCUCCCUGUAUACAAACGACACAUUUUUAUGCUUACCUUGCCUAAUAUUACAGGUGCAGUCAUUGAAAAGAAGCGACAAUCCCUGAAGCAGAAGAUUUGGCUAGAAGCCUUUGCAACUGGCCUCCUGAAUACCAUCCCUUCACUGACCCUCUUUAUGGGCAGUGAUGUAGAGAAUCUUGGGAAAAGCCUAAGCUUCUAUCGAACUGUGUUUGGAGUGGAUGAUGCAUCCUUGCAGAGUUUGGCUAAGGACUGGCAAAUGCCGGUGGAUCUGCUCAAGGCAAAGAUGAAAUCUCCUAGUGUGUUCGAGACUACAAAGAAAGAAACAAUACAAGAAAGGCUUUCAAGAUAUUAUGAGGAGUUCUGUUUGGCUAACAGACAUUUGUUUAAUAAGAAUGUUUAUGUUAAAGAAUUAUUUUACUUGAAAUUAUGUUUUGUUGACAUGGUGACAGAUGAUGCUAAUGCUCUUCUCAGAGAGAUAUGUUCAAGAAACAACUUGAUUUCUGAUUAGGCUGAAAUCCUGUAGUUGUCAAAAAUCAGAAUCAAUGACAGAAGCAUAGGACACUGAUAUUACAAAAUAACAUAUUGAGUUUAUUCACGACAUCCAGGCUUUAUCCGUACUUAGUGAUCAUAUAUCCACAUUAUCUGUAGCAAGAAGAUCAAUUAGAUGUAUGUAAAUAAGCUGAGAUCUAAAAACUAUCUACUUACUUUGAACAAACCCUCAGAUGGAGAAAUCGCACAUUUAUUUGAAUUUGGGUAACAUAAAGCAGCAUCCAUUUUUAGGUUUAACAUUGUGAUGAUUAGUGUUGUAGACAGACUCUAGAAUCACAUGGGAGAUGAACCUCUGGGCUUGCCUUUGGGGAAUCAUGUGGCUUAUAUUAAUUGAGGAGAGAAGCCGUGUCCAUUGUUGGUGGCACCAUUCCGUAGCUGGUGAUCUCUAACUGUGUAUGUGGAGAGAGGUGCUAAUCAGCAGCAUGCUUUCAUUCAUCCAUUGCUCUCUGCUUUUUCACUGUGGGUGGAGUGGCACUAGCUGCCUCCAGCUGCUGCUGUGACUUCUUGGUAAUGAUGGCCUCUGUAACCUUGAAUUUGAUACUUGUGUCCUCUCUUGAUAGCAGUACCCAAGGAGAAACCAUACCUGGGCUGGAGAGGGAGAGAUGGCUCAGUAGAUAAAACAUUUGCCUUGCAAGCCUGAGGACCUGAGUUCGGAUUGCUAGUGCGCACAUAGAGCCAGCUAAGCAUCUGUAAUCACACACUUCUGUGUGAGAUACGAGGCAGAGAUAGAGAAUCCUAGACUCUGGGGCCACCUAACGUUCUACACGUAGCAGUGAAUAUGAGACCCUGACACAAGGAAGUGGAAAGCAAAAGCCAACACUCAGCGUUGUCCUUUGACCUCUGCACACACGUCACGUCAUGUUCAUGCCUACAAUCACAUAUAUAAAUGCACAAAACAAAGAAGUUUAUGUCUUAAAAAAAUGUAGGAAGUUUUGGGGCAGUAGCAAAAUGGUAUAGUACUUGUCUUACAUGCACGGGACCUCGGGUUCAAUCUCUAGCAUUCCCGAGAAAGGGUGAACGCAGGAGUGGAGAGAUGGCUCCAAGGUUCAGAACACUGGCUGUUCUUGCAGAGGACCCAGGUUCAAUUCCCACAUCAUGGAACCUGCAUAGUAGCUACAGUAGAUUAUAUCUCCUGUUCCAGGGGAUCUGAUACCCUCUCCUAACCUAAACAGGGACCAGUCACAGAUGUGUUAAAAGACAUACGCACAAGGCAAACAUUCAUAAAAUUAAAGUAAAUAAAGAAAAAAAUUAAAUAUAUAUGUUUAAAUAAGAGCUAACAUGUUCACAAAAGAAAUAAUAACCAUAGAGAUUGCAAUAGCCUUAAUAAUACCUAAGAUUACUAAAAAUUCUAUUUAAUCAGAAUGCUUGAGAAAAUGUUAAAGAAGCUCUCUAAUUAUGUGCCAGAAUCAGUGAAGAUGAAUAGAUUUGUCUGCUUUAUAGAUUUUAAGUGCUGUGAUUACUAAAUUACUGAUUUACUCCAUAUCAAUAAAAAACCAUUUAAUAAAUUCUUUUUUAAGAAUAUA